AUGAGGGGAAAUCAACUGCCCAAUCCACUCCUGAUUCUAUUUUUUCUGCUUCUUCCCAAAGAUGUUUCCACUACUUCAAAACCGCAGUACCUGGUGGUAUUCCCAUAUCAACUGUACACUGGGGUUCCUGAAAAGGCCUGCGUCAUGCUGAGUCACCUGAAUGAGACGGUGACACUGAAAAUAAUUCUGGACUAUGGAAUGCAGAUCAGUAACCUUCUCACAGAGAGAGUGACAGAAAAGAACGCCUUCUUCUGCAGCCCCUUCAUUAUUCCAAAGCUGUUAACUUCCACGGGGCUCAUUACUGUUGAGGUGAAUGGGCCAACCCAGCAGUUCAUAAAGAAGAAGGAAAUACAUAUAAAGAGAGCAGAGAGCAUUGUCAUUGCCCAAACAGACAAACCCAUCUACAAACCAGGACAGAAAGUGCGAUUCCGCAUUGUCUCUGUGGAUGUCAAUUUUCACCCUGUGAAUGAAACGUUCUCAGUGGUUUACAUUGAGAAUCCCAAGAAAAACCGAAUUAUCCAAUGGCAAAGUAUCAGACUGCAAGGGGGACUCACCCAGCUCUCCUUCCCACUCUCGAUGGAGCCCACGCUGGGGACUUAUAAGAUUAUGCUGGAGAAAGAGUCAGGCGGAACACUAGAGUACCCCUUUGAGGUGAAGGAAUACGUUUUGCCCAGAUUUGAGGUCCAAGUGAAAAUGCCCAAGACCAUUGGCUUUCUAGAUGAAGAAUUUGUAGUAACUGCCUGUGGCGUAUACACAUAUGGAAAUCCAGUCUUUGGUCUGGUGACAAUUAAUGCAUGCAGAAAACAUUCACAAUACCGUUCCAACUGUCAUGGAAGAUAUUCACAGAGUAUCUGUGAAGAAUUCAGUCAACAGGCAAACAGUAAAGGCUGUUUCACACAACUCAUAAAGACUAAAAUAUUCCAACUGAGACAAAAGGGGUUUGACAUGGCAAUACAAGUGGAAGCCAAGGUCAAAGAGGAGGGAACAGAGUUGGAAUUAACUGGACAUGGAUCAUGUACAGUCACAAAUACCUUAAGCAAAUUGAAAUUUACAAAAGUGGAUACGUAUUUUGGGCGUGGGCUCCCUUUUUUUGGACAGGUUCUUCUAGUCAAUGAGAAAGAUCAGCCAAUCCCCAACAAAACUGUAGUCGUCACUGUGAAUGUAAAUGCAUUCCGUUCCAGCUUUACCACGGAUGAGAAUGGUUUGGCGGACAUUUCCUUUGAUACCAGUGGCUUCACAUUUAAUUCAUUCACAGUUAUGGUCACUUACAAAGAGAAUACUCACUGUUUUGAUGAAUGGUGGCUUGAAGAAUUUCAUACACCAGCACAGCACACUGUUAGCCAUAUUUCUUCCCCAAGCAAGAGUUACGUACACCUUGAAUCUGUUGCUGGUACUGUGGCCUGUGGACAAACCCAGGAGAUCCGGGCACACUACAUCCUGAAUGAAGAGAUUCUAAACGAUGAAAAAGAUUUGACCUUCUAUUAUUUGAUCAAAGCAAGAGGAAUCAUUGCCCGAUCAGGAACCCAUGUGUUGUCCAUUGAGCAAGGAAACAUGAAAGGGGUAUUUUCCUUCUCCUUUCGAGUGGAGUCGGAUAUUGCUUUUGCUGCCCAGUUGCUCCUUUACGCUGUUUUACCUAAUGGAGAAAUUAUUGCUGACACAAAGAAAAUCGACACUGAAAUCUGUUUUGCCAAUAAGGUCAGUUUAGGCUUCUCCUCAGCCCAGAGCCUGCCAGCCUCAAAUAUCAACCUGGAGGUCUCAGCCACUCCCCAUUCUCUCUGUGCCCUCCGAGCAGUAGACCAGAGUGUUCUGCUGAUGAAGCCUAGAGAUGAACUCUCGCCUCAGUUGGUCUAUAAUUUGCUGCCACUGAAGAAGGCCCCUACCUUUUUGUAUGGUGGUUUCACCUAUGAAGAUGAAAAUGAUGAAAAAUGUACCAAUGCAAAAGACAUAGUUCAUGAAGGAAUGAUUUACACACCAAAGUGGGGUGUAAAAGAUGAUGACAUUUUCACUAUUUUUGCGUCUGCAGGAGUAAAUGUUUUCACCAAUGCAAAAAUCUACAGUACAACUUUUUGUCGUCUGCCUCCGCCAUAUCCUAUGGCCUAUGUAGAAGCCCUUCCACAACUCUUACCACACCGAGCACCUGGUGUUGGAGGAAUUCUACCAACAGUAAUGCUUGAGAAUGUUCCAUCCAUGGUACACAGUCCUGUGAAAGAGAUAAUCCGGAAGUACUUCCCUGAGACCUGGAUCUGGGACUUGGUGCCCCUCGAUUUAUCAGGUAGAAGUGAGUUGGCAGUGAAGGUCCCUGACACCAUCACUGAGUGGAAGGCCAGUGCGCUCUGCUUAUCUGGAAACACAGGGCUGGGUCUCUCCCCCAUCACCUCUCUUCAAGUGUUCCAACCCUUCUUUGUGGAACUCACUCUCCCCUACUCUGUGGUGCGAGGAGAAGCCUUUACUCUCAAAGCUACCGUGUUCAAUUAUUUGUCCCACUGCAUUCGGGUCAUCGUGCAGCUGGGAACCUUUCCUGACAACUCAGCCAACCUCAUGAAAAAGGAUGAAGCAACUCACUGUGUCUGUGGAAACAGGCAGAAAACUGUGUCCUGGGAUGUGACUCCAAAGUCACUGGGAAAGGUGAAUUUCACAGCUACUGUGGAGGCCUUGCAGUCUCAGGAAUUGUGUGGAAAUGAGGUGCCAACCUCUGUGCUUGGACAGAAGGAUACGGUAGUGAAGCCCUUAUUAGUUGAGCCUGAAGGAAUAGAACAGGAGAAAACUUUCAACACACUCCUCUGUGCAUCAGAAGCUGGAGUGUCUGAAAAGUUGUCACUAAAAGUUCCUUCAGAUGUGGUUGAAGGAUCUGCCAGGGCGACAUAUUCGGUUUUGGGUGAUAUACUAGGCUCUGCAAUGCACAAUCUUCAGAAUCUUCUUCAGAUGCCAUAUGGUUGUGGAGAGCAGAAUAUGAUCCUUUUUGUCCCUAACAUCUAUGUCCUGAACUAUCUGAAUGAGACAGGACAGCUGACAGAGAGUAUCAAGUCCAAAGCCAUCACCUAUCUCGUCAGUGGGUACCAAAAGCAGUUGAAUUAUAAGCAUAGAGAUGGUUCAUACAGCACCUUUGGAGAACAUUAUGGUACAAGUGAGGGAAACACUUGGCUCACUGCAUUUGUACUCAAGUCCUUUGCUCAAGCCCGGUCAUACAUUUUUGUGGAUAACUCACACAUCAAGGAUUCCCUCACCUGGCUCUCACAGAAGCAGAAGAAAAAUGGGUGUUUCCAACGCUCCGGAUCACUACUAAACAAUGCUAUUAAGGGUGGGGUAGAUGACGAAGUGACGCUUUCUGCCUACAUCACCAUUGCUCUGCUGGAGAUGCCACUGGCCAUCACUGAACCUGUUGUCCACAAUGCUCUGUUCUGCCUGGAAAAUGCCUGGAAAUCCAUCUCAGAGUCAGAGGUCCAAGGAAAUCUUGUCUAUGCCAAAGCAUUAUUGGCCUAUGCCUUUGCCCUAGCAGGAAACCAGGCCAAGCGAAAAGAGCUACUUGAAUCACUGGACAAAGAUGCUGUGAAAAAAGAUGAAUCAAUCCACUGGCAGCGUCCUGAGAAAGUUCAAGAAGUUCUGUCAUUCUAUUAUCAACCCCGGGCCCCUUCUGUUGAAGUGGAGAUGACUUCUUACUUGCUCCUUGCCUAUCUUACUGUUUCACCUACCCCGUCUUCUGAAGACCUAUCUGUGGCUUCAAAAAUUGUGAAAUGGAUCACCAAGCAACAAAACCCCAAUGGGGGCUUUUCCUCCACUCAGGAUACAGUGGUAGCUCUUCAAGCCCUAUCCAAAUAUGGAGCAGUGACAUUCAGCAAAAUAGAGAAAGCUGCUGUAGUCACUGUCAAGUCUUCAGAGACCUUCUCGAAAGACUUCCAAGUACACAAUGCUAAUCGCCUAUUGCUUCAGGAAAUCAGGUUGCCAGAGAUCCCAGGGGAAUAUAGUACAACAGCAUCAGGAUCAGGAUGUGUGUACCUCCAGACAUCCCUGAGAUAUAAUAUCCUGCCCAAGAAAGAAAGGAAAGUUCCCUUCACUCUGAUGGUUGAUACUCUCCCCAAGAACUGUGAUGGAGUAGAUGCUCACAGAAAACUCCAGAUUCACAUCAACAUUAGUUACAUUGGGAAAAGACCAAGCUCCAACAUGGCCAUUGUUGAUGUGAAGAUGAUAUCAGGCUUCAUACCUGUGAAAUUAUCAGUGAGAAAGCUCCAAGAAAAGCCUCAGAUUCAAAGGACUGAAGUGAGCACCAACCAUGUCCUGAUUUACUUUGAAGAGAUAACCAAUCAAACUCUGAGUUUCUCCUUCUCAGUGGAACAAGACAUCCAAGUAAACAAUUUAAAACCAGCUACUGUAAAAGCCUAUGAUUAUUAUGAGACAGAGGAAUUCACCAUUGAAGAAUACAGUGAUCCUUGCAGUACUGAAUAUGAACACAGAAAUGUUUAAAACUGGACACUAAUGGACCCCAUCCGAUGAUCUUCUCCAGCAACAAAGAACAAAGACUUACCAGGAGAAAAGAUAGAGAAAUAGGAGCUAGGAAUUGGAAUAUAUAAAAUUUGUAUGUGGAAUAAAUUUAUGACACAUACACAUCUACAA